AAAAACUCACAGACCGGAGAUUCUAAAUUCAUACAGCUGGCAAGUAGCACAGACUUGUAGGUGACGUUUGGAAGUAAUAAUUGGCAAUUCGGAUAACUAUGACUCUUGAAGAAGUACAGGGACAAGAAAUCACAACUGAAAUCACUGACAGGAUGCAGUGUGCUGGGAAAUCACUGGAGAAGCUUCUGGUCUCCGCACAAACCCAAGAAUGUCUGACUGUUGGAGUGUACGAGUCUGCAAAAGUCAUGAAUGUUGAUCCAGACUGCGUGGCUUUCUGUGUUCUGGCAACUGAUGAAGAGUACGAAUGCGACAUCGCCCUGCAGAUCCACUUCACCUUAAUCCAAGCGUUCUGCUUUGACAACGGCAUCGACAUAGUGAGGGUGGAUGACACCCUGCGACUGGCUGAGAUUCUGGGCACUGCUGAGGAGUGUGGUGAACCUGAAGACGUGCAUUGCAUUCUUGUCACGAAUCCAAGUGAAGAUUCAUGGAAAGAUCCUGCUCUGGAAAAGCUGAGCCUGUUCUGUGAAGAAAGUCGCAGCUUCAAUGAAUGGGUCCCUGCCAUAACACUCCCUGAGCGUUGAACUGAGACACGUCAACUCCUGUUGGAGGUGCUUAACCUUUGUUGCAUUAUCAUCCAGGAAUAUAUGGGUGAAGCCACCAUAUUCCUGAAAUCUGUGGAUUAUUGAGGAAUCGUCGGGGCAGGCAUGCUGAAGGUCCUUGAGGCGAUGAGGAAUCAAAGUAUGGGGACUGAUCUGCAGUUGGACGGUUCAUACCAAGGUGCCCCCCACUGUCCAGAUGGAGGGGGGGCUGGUGAACCAUGGAAAAGAGUGGGGGAGUAAUCCUUGAGUUUGGGGUCUGUGUGAAGACUUGUCAGAGGGAUACAAGGAAGAACAAACUGAUACAGAGAAUCUGUUUGGAAAAGACUACGGGAAGUAGUGGAAUCGAAGUUUAUGAACUCUGAAAUGAACUGGUGAAACAAAGAAAUGGUUGAUGUGCUGUGUAUGUAUACUGUGCAAGCCAAAGGAAACGGGACUAAAAAUAAGGCUUGUUACUGUCAUUAUUUUGUGUAUUAAAUCACGGAGAAGAAAAUAUCACAUGUUAAAACUUUGUUUUGAGUUUUUUGCAAUAAAUAUUUGAACCAUA